UGAAAAUCUCAAUUCAUUUUUAUUUAAAUUUGAUCUUUGGAUAUUUAUGAAGUCAUGACUAUAAAGACGAUACAACCAAGUGAAUAUUAUGAUCAGGAUCAUGGAGGACAGAUUCCUGUAUUUCGUCCAACAAUGGAAGAAUUCAAAGACUUUUAUGCUUUUAUGGAAGCUAUUGACAGUUAUGGCAAAGAGGCCGGCAUUGUAAAAGUGAUUCCUCCCAAAGAAUGGACUCGAAAAUUACCACCUAUUGAUAAAAAAUUGGAACAUGUUCGAGUACGAAAUCCAAUUAUUCAACAUAUUAUGGGCUGUCAAGGUAUUUAUCAACAAACAAAUGUGGAGAAAAGAAGACCUUAUACACUCAAUCAAUGGCAUUCCCUUUGCCAAGAAGAUGAUCACAAACCACCUGACUUGACAACCGAUCGUGCUUCCAGACCUAUUUCACUAAAUAAAAAAAGACGUCGAUCUCAACAUUCUGAUCAUAUCCGACAAAAACAGCAACAACAACAACAACAGAAUGAUUCAAAAAUACGAUCAUCACAUCCUCCUCCUUUUACAAACACUCGAUCAAAAACAAAAGGAUCUACAACAAUAACUCAUUUACAUUCACCUCCUCCUUCACCAGAUCUCUCCAAACGAACUAAACGGGAAAUACAAGCGGAUGAAAUUGCUUUAGCUCAAUCUGAUGAACCUAUGCCAGUGACCUUUGAUGUACAUGGACACAAUGAAGAUAUCUAUACGGAUGACUAUUGUAAAGAAUUAGAACGAGUUUAUUGGCGAAAUCUCACAUUUACUCAACCUAUGUAUGGUGCUGAUAUGACAGGAACAUUAUUCGAUUCUACAGUGAAAUCAUGGAAUGUUAACAAACUCGACAAUGUUUUGAAUCAAAUUGGUGUGACUUUACCAGGUGUGAACACUCCUUAUUUGUAUUUUGGUAUGUGGAAGGCAACAUUUCCAUGGCAUGUGGAAGAUAUGGAUCUUUAUUCUAUCAAUUACUUACAUUUCGGUGCUCCAAAGCAGUGGUAUUCUAUUCCUGGGUCACACAGCAAAAAGUUCGAAAGUGUUAUGCAAACUACUUUUUUCCAACAAUCAAAAAUUUGUCCUGAAUUCUUACGACACAAAACUCAUAUUGCAUCACCCAAGUUUUUAGCAAAUAAUGGUAUCCCUGUUUAUCGAUGUGUUCAACAUGAAGGUGAAUUUAUGAUCACUUUUCCUUUUGGUUAUCAUUCUGGUUAUAAUCUUGGUUUCAACUGUGCCGAAAGUGUUAAUUUUGCCUUAUCAUCAUGGUUGGAAAUUGGACGACAAGCAAAAGCAUGUACUUGUAUCAACGAUAGUGUUACUAUUGAUAUGACCAUCUUUGAUUCUACGAAAUCAGCAUCACCAUCUAAAGAAGAUAAUAAUGAAUCUGUAUCAACAACAAUAUCAUCAUCAUCACCACCUCCAACAAUGAUACCUCCAUUGCCUUCUUCAAAAAAACAACGAAAAACUCCCACUUCUGUAUCUCUUCGAUUGACCCAGGAUAAGUCAUGCGUAUUAUGCCCAAGCCAAUAUCCGGCUGAAAUGGAAACAACAGAAGGACGUCGUGUACAUCAAUUAUGUGCCGAAUAUAUCCCUGAUACUUACUUGGAAAAACUACCAAAUGGAAAAUGGAUUGUCCAUGGUAUCAAAAAUAUCCCUCCUGCUCGUUGGAAAUUAUCUUGUCUUUAUUGUCACGUAAAUAAAGGUGCUUGUAUUCAAUGUUGCUUUGGAAAAUGUUGUAGAUCCUUCCAUGUAUCUUGUGCAAAAGAAUCUGGUGCUACUAUGGAACAUAAACUAGCUUCUGAUCAAUCAUCUGUGGCCUAUGAUGCCUAUUGUCCUUUACAUGAUCCAAAACUGAAAGAAAAAAAGCAACUUGAAAAGGAACAAUACAUCAAAACAAUGACAGCAACACUCUAUAUUGGAAGACCCGUUUAUGCCAAAUGGAGAGGUGGUGGAUUAUACAAAGGUUUAGUAGAAGAUCAUGUUGUACAGCGUAAAUCAAGUAGAAUCAAGUUUGAAGACGGUAUUUCUCGAAUUGUUACGUGGAAGAAUAUUAGUUUGACUAUCUAAUUGUGGACGCCUUCUAUUCUCAUUGUCAUAUAUACUACAUUCAUAUCUUGCUCUCAAUUAUCAUUAUACAUAUUAUUUUCAACAUUUUACAUAUUAUUAUUUUUUAUUACUUCUUGUACGUACAUUAGCCACUUCAUUUUCAUAUUUUUUUUUUAUUUAUUUUCUUACUAUAUAUAUUUUCCCCUAUCUCAUCAUUGUAUAAAUAAAAAUAAUGCAUUGACUCAUUCUCCA